AUGGCGGCAGUCCCGGCGGCUGGCGGGGCGGCGCGGGGCCGCGGGGCCACCAGCUUCCAGCGGAAGGCCGCGGCCGGCAGCCGCCUGGCCGCUAUCGCGGGCACUCGGCCUUCCGUUCGCCACGGGCAGCUGCUGCUCUCCAGCGGGCUCCCCUCCCUGGACUGUGUGCUAGGUGGAGGCAUAGCUGUUGGAACCCUUCUUCUUAUUGAGGAAGAUAAAUACGGUCUUUACUCCAAUUUGUUGUUCAAGUAUUUUCUGGCAGAGGGAGUUGUCUGUGGACAUGACUUGUUUGUUGCUUCUGCUAAAGAGCAUCCUGACAGCAUUUUAAAGGAACUUCCAGCCCCUUUGCUUGAUGAUACCUACAGAAAUGAAUUGGGAGAAGAAGCAACAGCUGUUAAGUCUGAAGAUUUUCAGGAUUCUAUGAAAAUCGCCUGGCGCUACCAAAAUUUACCAAAAAUGGAGGCCAGCCCAACAACGUCUACAAAGUUUGGCCAUUAUUAUGAUGUUUCUAAAACAAUGUCUCCAGAACUGUUUCAGUCCAUAAAAUGGCACAGUUUUUACCUUCCUGAAGAAUUGUCUUUACAGCCUAAAAUGAAAACAUGUAAUAUGAACAGUGCUUAUGCAAGGCUGCUUCAGUCCGUUCAGAGGAUCAUUUACCAGGAGGGGUUUGAUGGCUCUGAUCCCCAGAAAAAACAAAAGAAUAUUUUGCGGAUAGGAAUUCAGAGUCUGGGUUCCAUGUUGUGGGGGGAUGACAUUUGUAGCAGUGAUACUCCUGAAGAUAUUCACAGCCUUACAAAAUUUCUGUAUGUUCUCCGUGGCCUCCUCAGAAAAUCUUUGUCAGCCUGCAUCAUCACAGUGCCCGCUCACCUUAUCCAGAAUAAAGCAAUUAUGGAACGUGUAACAAACUUGUCAGAUAUGGUAGUUGGUCUUGAAUCAUUUAUUGGCUCUGAGAGAGAAACCAAUCCAUUAUACAAGGAUUACCACGGUUUGGUUCAUGUACAUCAGAUUCCUCGGCUUAAUAGCUUGAUCUGUGAUGUGUCAGACACGAAGGACCUUGCUUUUAGAUUAAAAAGGAAGCUGUUCGCCAUUGAGCGACUGCAUUUGCCUCCAGACUUGUCAGACACAGUGAGCCGCGCAAGCAAACAGGAUCUGGCAGAAUCCGCCAAACUGCUGAGCUCAGGAUGUGGUGCUAUGGCCAUCGGCAAGAAGCACCUGGACUUCUAGUGAUUUCUACUUAGCAGUUUCACUCAGAUUUAUAUGACACUCUAAUUAUGAGUGUUAAUGACUUAUACAAAUAUUUUUCUUAAUGAUUU